AUGGAGAGAAUGCAGCAGCAACAGCCACAGCAAUUCUUGUUCUUUUGUCCCUUUGGUAAUUCUCAACUCCCUACUGUAAAUUCCAAGAAACGGAAGGACCCAGAUGAAGAAAUACAAUGUGAAGACGAAGGGAGUGAAGUCUCUUCUGUUGUUACACUUUCUUGUGAUUAUCCAACUAACAACAAGAAGGCAAGAAGCAGUGAAAGCAGUUCCGUUGCUGACAAGCCAAAUCUUGUUUCUACAGAGCUAACCCUAUAUGAUACAUCUUGGACUACUACAAUCAAGGACCCUGUUUCUGAUAGUCUUGCAAGAAUGAGAGAAGAGUUCGAGAGGGAGAAGCACAAAGAAAAGGUUUCAACCGAACUGACAUUAUAUGGAGAUCCAUGCAAAAAAAUCAGGAAAAUAGCCACAUGCAAAAUCAGGAAAUGUCCGGGCAUAAUCAAGAAGAUACUUAAAGAAAGCGAUCUGGGUAGUUUAUGCAGGCUCUUGGUUUCAACAGACUUGGUAAAGAAUCAUAUUCUCCCUUUCAUGAGUAAUGACGUUGCUGAGAAUGUUAACAGUAACCAUGGCGCGACUGUUAUAUUUUGGGAUGUUGACACUGCAACUGAGCAUAAGUUGACAUUAAAGAAAUGGAUCAGUUGUGAAAGCUACAUGUUCAAAGAUGGCUGGACCCAAGAAUUUGUGAAAAGAAGGAACUUAAAGAAAGGAGAUGAGAUUGGAAUUUUUUGGGAUAUAACUUCUUCAAGAUUCAACUUUGCUGUCAUUCGUCGGGCUCCAUGA